GUAUCAAUAUACCAGGAAAUAUUCUGACUAUAUAUAAGAGAUUUAUUCCAAUUGUCCUGAACAGUACUUGAAUAAAACUUGAUUCUUUUAGCGGAAAUACAAUGAAGCUACCCAGUGUAGGACAAUUUAUAUACGUCUUCCUUUUUCGGUAUACGAAUCCAGAAGUCAUCACAACUCAUUUUUCUUACCGAGGAUCCACUCCAGAAACAGCCCAAGCAUGUGUUAUAAAAAAUUUUACUUUGCCCGGUGGAUCGGGACAUUUAUGUGCCCCCUAUUGUCACAAUGAUUUUCUUUGUAACGCAUAUGACAUUUGUUUUCUCGAGGGGCAACAUGUGUGUCGGCUCCGCUAUGAAAAAAUGGCAUGGUUUCCUUAUUCUACUCCAGGUUGUGCCUAUUUUGAACUGGUUCAGGAACUCGCCUGCCCUGGGGGAUUCUUUUUACGUUCUAAAGGAGUCUGCAAAAACAAUAACCUGGCCUUAUAUAGCCCUGUUAUGAUGAGCUCUGUUUUUCCCUAUGGCAGCCAUGGUAACGGUAGCCUCGCAGUGAAUGGAGAAGUGAGACCUGACGACAAUGAGUGCACUCAUACUAACAGUGAAUCUCAGCCUUGGCUGACAGUAGAUCUCCUCGACAUGUUUUAUGUCCGACGGGUCGUAUUUGUAAACAGACAAAGUUCGGAGUGGCGUUUGCACGAUUUGAAUGUGACCGUGGGAACAACUAACAUGACCUUCCCCUGUUUCUGUGGAUUUUUUUACGGUCCAGGAACGUCCCACCAGAGAGUGGAGUUGACUUGUGAAGAAAAUUGUACAGGGCGCUUCGUACGUCUACAAAUUACCUCCUCUGAUCCAGAGAUUUUACAGCUUUGUGAAGUUGAAAUCUACAGUGAUUGUGAUAUCUAAUCUCUUGUUACUCAUCUACAGGGAAAUAAUACCUAUGUACAUUUAUACAUCUGUUUAAUAAACCAAAAAUAUCAACGUCUGUUUAAAGCUUAUAAUAAAUCAAAUUGUUCA